AUGCUUGUCUGUGACCAGGUUUUCGCUAUUGGUUUGAGUUGCGUUGAUCUCGCGCUACACCAGGUAGACAGGCUGCCGCUGCACGCUGAUGAUCUCGUGCAGUUUUGUGGCGUUGAUUUUGUACCUGGAGGCGGCGUCUACCACACGCUCGAGUCGCUCGCCAGUUUGCUGCGGUGUGCUGCAGACGAGGGCAAUUCUACCGUUCCUCGGUUGCAAGCGGUCACGCUCGUCGGAGACGAUAUCUUUGGGAGGUUUUAUGCACGCCGCGUUUCCGAAGAUGUUUCACCAGAGGCUUCGCGGACCGUGGCUUUCACGAACGAGGCAAACACUGCACUCGCUGUGGUACCCAUCUAUCGCGACGGAAGUCGAGGCUGUUUCGUAGACCUUGGUGCGAAUCGAGUGCUUUCCGGUGAGCGCAUUGUGCAGAGUGUCGCGGAGCUUCUCGCUGGGGCGAAGUUGGCGCAUAGCGCGGACACCAAGCCUACUGUGCUCGUACAUCUCGCGUAUCCGCAUUUGCUGCCAAUGCUACGAGGCGAACGACUCGAGGAGCUUUUCCGCGAGCUUACCAUACAGGCUGGAUUGGUAAAUGCCGCUGCAGUUUUUAGCGUAGACGUGAAUGGCGCCACCAGGGAUUCUGGAUCAUCGACGGACAUUAAAAAGGGUGCGCUCGAGUCUAUUCUCCAUCACGUGGAUAUUUUUCAUGCGAACUACGAGGAAGCCUGUGCACUUCUGGACGAGCAAAUGAUCGUGACACGUGAGACCUCUGGAGCGGAUCUGGAGGCAGCCACAUCCUCUGCAGCGUUGGUGCACUGUGUUCGCGAGCACGGACGAAGGCUGCUUCAGCGCUUAAAGGACCGCUUCUUCAACCCUGCGUCUCCGGAGAAGAGCGGCGAUCGCCUGCUCGUUGUUGGGGUCACGAUAGGACGGGAAGGCGCAUGGCUCGUGGCGGGCUCGCGAGACGACCUGCAGACUUUUACGUGCACACAAGAGCAGUAUAUACCGCCACCGAGCAUCCCAGACCAGCAGCGAAUCAACGCAAACGGUGCAGGAGACGCGUUUGUGGCGGGACUGUGUUUUGCCUACCUGCGGGCCAGUCGUGGGCGCGAAUCAGGUACGCAGCGCCCGCAACGCUCCCCAGCAGCUUGGACACAGUUCUUUGCUGAUAACGCUCUGAGAGCAGUCACUCGCAAACUCUCCAUCAAACGAGGAAACCAUGCGAUCUGGUGA